GCCAAGCAAACCUGAACGCAUCCCGUUAUUGACUGCAUGCGGAUGUAGGACCCAUCCGUACCAACCACCGCUGGACAAGAAGAAAGAUCCCAGCCAUUAUUCGGCACCGUCUGUCGGCUUUCUUUUUCCAUCGGUUUACUAUCGAAUCCACCUCAAUCUCCUCUCUCUCUCUCUCUCUCUCUCUCUCUCUCUCUCUCUGCUACAGCUUUCUUUUACUCUUCCAGCUGGAGCUGUAGCCAACGAAAGAUCGCUAGAUAUUGAAAAUUGAAUUCUGCAGAUGCGAGAUCCGUAUUAGCAAUUCCGUUUUAUCUUCGGGUGGUCAACUUAUCUUCUUCUUCUUCUACUACUUUUUCUUUUUUUGCUUGUGGCGAUUGUUUUCUUUUCUGUAAUCGCAUUCGAUCUUCAUAGCUGAAAAUCAACAUGUCGGGACCAUUGGAUCGCUUCGCAAGGCCUUGCUUCGAGGGCUUUUCCGGCAAUGAUGAAAGGAGAGAACGGAAAUCAGAUUUUGAGAACUCGGAGGAUGACAGGAAGACUAGAAUUGGGAAUCUAAAGAGGAAGGCAAUGAAGGCAUCUAAAAAAAUCAGACGUUCUCUCCAUAAAAGGAAGAGCAAAUGUAGUGAAGAGAUUUCAGCGGCAAUUGAGGAUGUUCGGGAUGUUGAAGAGUUGCAGGCUGUGGAUGCAUUUAGACAGGCACUCUAUGCGGAUGACUUGCUUCCUGCUAGACAUGAUGAUUAUCACAUGUUGCUGAGGUUCUUAAAAGCAAGAAAGUUUGAUAUUGAAAAAGCAAAGCAAAUGUGGGCCAAUAUGAUUCAGUGGAGGAAAGACUUCGGCACUGACACAAUUAUGGAGGAUUUUGAGUUCAAUGAGUUGAAUGAAGUCCUAAAGUACUACCCUCAGUGUUAUCAUGGUGUAGACAAAGAGGGUAGGCCUGUAUACAUUGAAAGACUAGGGAAAGUUGAUCCCAGCAAACUCAUGCAAGUAACCACUAUGGAACGAUAUUUGAAAUAUCAUGUGCAGGAGUUUGAAAAGAGUUUUGCAAUUAAAUUUCCUGCUUGCUCUAUUGCUGCAAAAAGACAUAUAGAUUCAAGUACAACUAUUCUGGAUGUGCAAGGCGUGGGUUUAAAAAACUUUACCAAGUCCGCACGGGAACUCGUCAUACAGCUGCAAAAGAUUGAUGGUGACAACUACCCUGAGACACUUUGCCGAAUGUUUAUAAUAAAUGCUGGUCCUGGCUUUAAGUUGCUUUGGAACACGGUGAAAUCAUUUCUCGAUUCUCAAACAGCUAGCAAGAUUCAUGUUCUUGGCAACAAGUACCAGAACAAAUUACUUGAAAUAAUAGAUGCAAGGGAGUUGCCAGAAUUUCUGGGAGGUAGCUGUUCUUGUGCUGAUCAGGGAAGUUGUAUGAGAUCUGACAAGGGGCCAUGGAAAGAUCCAAAUAUUCUAAAGAUGGUUGAGAACGGUGAAGCACUAUAUUCCAGAGAAAUAGUAACAAUAUCAAACAGUGAAGGAAGGGUGAUUGCUUCUGAUAAGCAACGUUAUUCCAUGAUAAAAACUAGUGAUACAUCUACUGCAGAGUCAGGAUCUGAAGUGGAAGAUGUUGCAUCUCCUAAACCAAAUAGGAGCUAUUUGCUCCCAAGUUUGGCUCCUGUCUGCGAAGAAGCUAAGGUGAUUGGUAAGGCAAGUGCUGCUGGAGGCUUCUCAGAAUAUGAUGAAUAUGUACCCAUGAUUGACAAGACUGUAGAUGAUGGAUGGAAGAAACAAGUCUCCUUUAAAGAGCCUCGUACGUCCAAAGGAACACUGCCUCUACCAAUUGUGGAAAAAACUCCAGAAGGAUUUUUCGCUUGUAUUUGGGCUCUGCUUAUGGCAUUCUUCUUGACUUUACUAUCUGUCAUCCAUUCAUUGCCGAUUUGGGUGACUAAGAAAAACCCUGUGCCUAAUUCUGUCCUUGAUGCCACUGAUCCAACUCUUGAACCAGUGCUUAAGGAGGAGUUUCGUCCCCCUUCUCCUGCUCCAAGAUUUACUCAGGUGGACCUGCUUUCAUCUGUGCUGAAAAGGCUGGGUGAGCUUGAAGAGAAGGUCGACAUGCUACAAGUGAAGCCUUUUCGAAUGCCUUAUGAGAAGGAGGAGCUACUGAAUGCUGCAGUUUGUCGGGUGGAUGCUCUAGAAGCUGAGCUAAUUUCGACAAAGAAGGCUUUGCACGAAGCUUUAAUCAGACAAGAAGAGCUUCUUGCGUAUAUAGAUAGACAAGAGGAAGACAGAUAUCGGAAAAAGAAGUUUUGCUGGUGAAGAAUAGUUAAGUGCAGAGGAGAAAAUAUUUCCAUCUUCAUUCAUGUCCUUGCCUCGUCUUCCGGAGAAGUGUGGCACGUACAUGGAAUCAGAAUUUACUAUGAAAAUGAUUUAGAAAAAAGGGAAAAAAAAAAGGAGAUUCUUCUCGUAUUGAGCUCAGAAGAUGUAUAUAACUUUGAUGUUCCGAAAUGUGAAACGUUGAUGUAAAUUUACAAAUUACAAUAGAGGAUAAACACUACUGUUGCCGAUCACAAUAAAAUUUGAAACAUUAAUGUAAAUUUACAACUGAUAUUAUAAGAUUCAAUAAAGGGCAGGUUAAAUAUA